CAUUUUGUAUAGUAACAAACUCAUUCUCUUUGCUUAUUAAAUAGGCUAAGACUAGAUAGAGAUUUUGGUUGGUAUGAGAAAAAGAUUGUUCUAGUUCUAGCUAAGCAACAAAAAAACCAAGUUACAUAAUCUGGUUUUGUAAAAGUGAUUAUAUUAACUUGUCACACCUAAUCAUUGACUUAGAACCAAGAAGAAGAUGAAGUCCAUGAUGAAUGAUAGCAACACUAGUGAUGAUGGAAACAAUCAUAACUGGUUAGGAUUUUCUCUCUCACCUUACCAAAUGGGAGAGAUUACUUCUGAGUCUGACCUUUCUCAUAAUCCUAAUAAUCAUCAUCAUUACUAUCAUCAUGAUAACCAAGUUUCUUCUUCUGCUGUUGUUCCCUCUAACUUCUACAUGUCACCUUCAAUGUGUUAUGGUGUUGGACAAAACAGUAAUUCCUUUCAUUCUUCUUUAUCUAUGAUGCCACUUAACUCUGAUGGUUCACUUUGCAUCAUGGAAGAAGCUCUCACUAGAUCACAAUCACAUGUGAUGAUGCCUCCAAAACUAGAGGAUUUCCUAGGUGGUGCAACAAUGGAAACACAUCAUGAGUAUGAAGGACAUGAAAGAGAAACAAUGGCUUUAAGCUUAGACAGCAUUUACUAUAACAACAAUGUUGAACAGCAAGAUCAUUCUUCAUAUUAUUCAGAACUUGCAUGUCAUGGAAUGUAUCAACAAGCACCAUUGUUAGAACAAGAAGAAAACAAGGAAGAAAACAUUUUUUGCUUCAAGAACUUUGUGGCUCCUAGAGAUUAUUCUUUGGAACAACAUCAUCAUCAAGUGAAUAAUAAUGUUGUUGAUGAUGGUUCUGUUGGAACAGUUAAUGGUUGUGGAGAGUUACAAUCUCUAACCCUUUCAAUGAGUCCUGGUUCACAAUCAAGUUGUGUUACUGUUCCAACUCAGAUUUCAUCUUCUGGAAAUGAUUCUAUGGUUGUUGAAGCUAAAAAGAGAGGUCAUGGUAAAGUUGGAAAAAAGCAACCUGUUCAUAGGAAAUCUAUUGAUACAUUUGGACAGAGAACUUCUCAGUUCAGAGGAGUUACAAGACAUAGAUGGACUGGUAGAUAUGAAGCACAUUUAUGGGAUAACAGUUGCAAGAAGGAAGGACAAACAAGGAAAGGAAGACAAGUUUAUUUGGGUGGUUAUGAUUUGGAAGAGAAAGCUGCAAGAGCUUAUGAUCUUGCUGCUCUUAAGUAUUGGGGUCCUUCAACACAUAUAAACUUCCCGCUUGAAAAAUACCAAAUUGAACUUGAAGAAAUGAAUAACAUGAAUAGGCAGGAAUAUGUUGCUCACUUGAGAAGAAAGAGUAGUGGAUUUUCUAGGGGUGCAUCAAUGUAUAGAGGGGUGACAAGGCACCACCAACAUGGUAGAUGGCAAGCAAGGAUAGGCAGAGUUGCAGGAAAUAGGGACCUUUAUCUUGGCACAUUCAGCACACAAGAGGAAGCAGCCGAAUCAUAUGAUGUAGCUGCAAUCAAAUUCCGUGGCCUAAACGCAGUCACAAACUUCGACAUGUCUAAAUACAAUGUCGAAAAAAUCAUGGCUAGCAACACCCUUCUUGUCGGGGAACAUGCUAGAAGAACAACGAAAAAAAUUAAGGAUUGUGAAGAACCAAAACCUGAGGCCAAAGAAUGUAGCAACAAUGUUGUUGUAACAAACCAAAUCACAAAUGGUGAAGAAAUUGAAGCUGUGAACAACAAUGAAACAAAUAAUUGGAAUCAGUCCCCACAACAAGAGUCAAAUACAUGUGACCAAAAAACUGUAAAGUUUGGAAAUUUUUCUAUGUCCCUACAAGAUAUCAUUGGGAUUGAUUCAGUAGGAGGAUCUAGCCAAGUUUUGGUAGAUGAUGAUUCCACUAACAAGAUGAAAAGGACUCAUUUUUCAAAUUCAUCUUCACUUGUGACUAGUUUAAGUAGCUCAAGAGAAUGCAGCCCUGACAACAAAAGUACUGGCCCCACUAUGCUUUUUCCAAAACCUCCAAUUGGGUCAAAAAAUUUGAGUCCUAUUGUUACUAAUGUUGGUUCUUGGUUUCCUUCUAGUAGUACUAUCUCAAUGCCGCACUUUCCGGUUUUUGCGGCUUGGAGCGAUGCUUAGUGCAUGUUUGGAUUGACAGUGGACCGUAACAAAAUCAGGGUGACAUUGUAAUUUUGCGAGAUUCGAUCUAGUUUGACCAAGAACCAUAGUGGAAGGAAAAAGAAAAAGCAGUUAAUGGGGUUGAAAGACAAUAUUGGUUUUUUGAAGUAACAUUUAGAAUAUGUAUUUUGCAAGUUAUGUUAGUGAAGGAAUUUUAGGGGUUAGUUAAUUGGGUGUGGGGGAAACUUUAUGUGUAAUCUUUAUGUAUGCUAGUGGAACAAGACAUUUCCUAUGGUAGUUAUUUUUAGCUCUAUAGUAAUAGUAUUUGGAUGGGAAAUAUGCUAACUAAAGGGAUGGAAAGUGUUAUUAAGGGGAGGACUAAUGAUUAUAUUUCAAUGAAAUGAUGUUUUGAUUAAUUGAAA